GACCCACACACCCACACACAAGGGGAAAGGCCUUGAGGACGGUUGUCACACUAGAAAAAGGUCGAAUUGGAUGCCGGCGAAGAAGAAGGAGGCCAAACCCGAGGAGCCCGCCUUCACCGAUGGGGUAGGGACGCUGAUCCACGAAAGCGAGGGCGCGCGGUACACAGGGGGCGUGCGGCGCUACCCCGCCAACCCCGGCGCGGACGGCGUCCGGCCCUCCACCCACGCCGUUUUCAGCACCCACAGCAAAAACAGCACCCACUCCGCCCUUUCUUCCGGCGCGGAGGUUAGCCAUUUGGGUGGUCCUGGACAGGGGGGUCGGGGGGUGCGGCAUGGCCAGGGCAUCUAUGCAAGUCCGCAGAUCCGCUAUGAGGGGGAUUGGGUGGACGAUAAGAUGGAGGGACAGGGGCACUUGUUUUUCUUGCAGUCGGGAAGCUCCUACGAGGGCGGUUUUCGCGACGGCUGCUUCGACGGUAAGGGAAUUUACUGUUGGGCGGACGGUAGCCGGUAUGAUGGGGAAUGGCGACACAAUCGCAUGCACGGCAGCGGUGUUUACAUCGACGAGGAUGGGCAGGUAUUCAAAGGCGUCUUUUACAGCGGAACAGGCCCAGGACUAAAACGUAUCUAUACAAAGACCCCCCAAACCGCAUCGGAUCCCUCUGCAUGUGCUUGUAAAUAAAUUAUUCUUUAGAACCUUGUUGUUGGAUAGUAAUGUAAAAUAGUUUUUUUUUUUGAGUGUUAAUACAAAGUGUUAGAACAUUAUAUAAAAAGGUGGCAUACUACUAUUUAAAGGCUAUAUGCCCCAAGUGGUAAAUGGCGAUACUCUGUGCGUCUCUACGUGUAUGGAUUGAACUUAUAGAAA